UACGCACGCACACACACCCGGAGAUCGUAUCGGUCCGUGCCUAUACAUAUAUAUAUAACCGUACAGGAUCUACGGCGGUCUUCACAACUAUUCACUUGAUAUCAGCUGUUUACUCUCCUCUGGUUCCCAAAAAUGGUGACUUGGCUGCUCUACGUUGCUGCUCUAAUGGCGCACACCCUGCCCGCCCACGCAGCCAGCUCGUGUUCCCCGACGUGCCCGGAGCCCCCCGACAACGUGGGGAUUCUCGUCCCCGACCCCACCGACUGCCAGCGCUACUACGUGUGCCUGCAGGACGGCCUCCCCACCGACUUCCCUUUCGAGUGCGAGGACGGCCAGCUGUUUGAUUCCGUCAACGCGACCUGCACGGACGAGUUGAACGCGAAGUGCGACCUGUGCCAGCCGACUUGCCCUCUGUACUCGUGUCCUGUUCCCGCCGACGGCAUCGUGACGGCAGCAGACGCCAACGACUGCACGAUGUACUACCUGUGCGGCAUCACCGAUGAGCCUCUGCACCUCAAGUGCGAGGACGAGACACCGUACUUCAACGGCGUGGAGUGCGUGCAGGAGGAGAGCGCGUGCUGCGACCCGUGCCUCGUCUACUGCAGCGAGGCCCUCACGCAGAUCCCCGACCCGGCCGACUGCACCAGCUACUACUUCUGCUUCGACGUCGGCUUCCCCGGGCCCGCCGACCGGCACCGCUGCGAGGAGGGCAACUUCAACGCCACGACCAGCCACUGCGACCCCGACGCCUCGUGCGUGCAGCUGCCCCAGUGUUCUGCCGCCGCCCACGGAGAUGCCCAGGACCCACGGGACACGUUCCUCCUGCUGUAGGCAGAGUGAGGGCGGAGGCGCCAGUGGGCUAUGCUGUUUGUGUGUUUAUAAGUGUGCACUUGUACAUAAAUCCCUAUAAUUAGUGCGGUGCAAUGAUUAUGGUUUUAUGGUGGGAUUUAUAAUAAAGGAUCCUGUGUU